AUGAGUUUGCUGCUGGAAAUGAAGAAUCAAAUGAGGGAUUCUAGUUCUGAAAACAACAAGUAUACAGAAACUCCAAGGGAUGGUAAUGCUUCUAAAACUCUGGGGUACAACCCUAAGAUAUCUUUUCCUAAGUUUGAUGGCACUAAUAGUAGAGUAUGGAUCAAGAAAUGUAGCAGAUAUUUUAGUCUCUGCAAUGUUAGUGAUGACCAUAAAGUAGAUUUGGCUUCACUAAAUAUGGUUGACAAGGCUAAAAAAUGGGUGACAAGCUAUUUGUCAGUUAAAAGAAAUGUCGAUUGGGGUGAGUUUUGUCUAGAUUUGUCUUCUAGGUGUAAAGAUAGCAGGGGUACUAAUACUGUAGAACAGUUCAAUAAGUUGCAGGAAACUGACUCUAUAGAAACAUACCUUGACAACUUUGAACACUUGAAACCAGAUGUUCUAAAUACUCACCAUGGGUUACCUGAAGAAUUUGUGUUGGAAAGUUUUAUUUGGGGUUUAAAUCCUACUGUUAAACCUUUUGUCAAAUAUUUUAGGCCCAAUACAAUUGCUGAAGCAGUAGAAUUUGCUAGACUACAGGAGGAACAACUUGCAGUAGUCUCACAGAAAACCCAUACAGCCAAACCAUUUCACUAUUCUCAAAAAGCUAUCCAAGCCAUACCUCUGAACUCAAACAAACCUGCAAACACUAGCCUACCUGCAUUAUUACCUACUCCAAACACAAAACCCACUCAAAUGACCAAAUUCAACCCAAGAUAUGCCAAAAACUUUAGGCAUAUUCCAGCAGAUGUGAGAGCUGAAAAAAUUGCUAAGGGCCUGUGCUAUUACUGUGAUGCACCAUAUGAUAGAACACACAAAUGUCAAUUCAAGGAACCACAUUUGUUCACUAUUGAAAUAUCUAGUAGUAAUGAAGAUAAAGGGUCAGAAGCUAGUGAGGAUGAUGAGGAUGAUGAGUUGGAUAGCACUGGGGUAGCCAAACCAAUCCUAUCCCUUAAUGCAUUAUCUGGUAACCAGAAUUUCCAAACAAUGAGAGUAAAAGGCAUGAGAAACAACAAAUUAUUUCAUGUUCUGGUUGAUUCUAGAAGUACUCACAACUUCUUGGAUUUGGAGUUAGCCAAGAAAAUGGGGUGUGUGAUUGAAUCUAUACCCUCAAAACAUGGUAAAUCCUUUACAGCUGAUAUGAUGUUGAUUUCUUUGGGGGGCUGUGAUAUGGUUCUUGGGGUUCAAUGGCUAGCAACAUUGGGACCUAUUUGUUGGGACUUUAAAGCUCUGCUGAUGGAAUUUAACUUAGAUGGUUGUCAGUUUAUCUUACAAGGUAUGCACCCACAAAAGGUGAAGGUGGUGGAAGGUGCUCCUUCAAAUAUAAGUGAAUUAGAAGCUUUAAAAGAGCAAUAUAAGGAUAUAUUUGCUGACCCUGAAGAGUUACCACCUCACAGGGGGGUAUUUGAUCAUACCAUUCCUUUAGAACCUAAUGCUAGACCUGUAAACAUUAGGCCUUACAGAUAUCUUUUAAAGAAAAGAGAUGUAAUUGAACAAUUAGUUCAAGAUAUGCUGGAAAGGGGUGUUAUACAGAACAGUUCAAGUCCAUUUGUAUCUCCCGUGGUCUUGGUAGGAAAGAAGGAUGGUACUUGUAGACUAUGUGUUGAUUAUAGGGAACUAAACAACAGAACCAUAAAAAACAAGUUUCCUAUUCCUGUUAUUGAUGAGUUAAUUGAUGAACUAGCAUGUGCUUCAGUGUUCACUAAGUUGGAUUUGAGAGCUGGCUAUCACCAACUUAGAGUUCAUGAAAGAGAUGUCUAUAAAACCGCUUUCAAAACACACUCAGGCCACUUUGAGUUCUUAGUUAUGCCAUUUGGCUUAACCAAUGCACCUGCCUCCUUUCAGAGUUGGAUGUACAGUGUGUUUAAGCCUUUACUGAGAAAAUGUGUUUUAGUUUUCUUUGAUGAUAUAUUGGUUUACAGCAAAUCCAAAUAG